AUGUUUUUAAGAUCUUCAUUGAUAAAUGUCACCAAACAGGCAGGUAAAAGGUCUAUUAUCAGACCUACUAUAUUGAGUCCUUACAUGUUGAGAAGAACUUCUUUGAUAAACUCUAUACCCAAUGUUCGUUUUAAAUCCACAGACACAAUCGAACAAUUAAAUGAAAUUCAAACUCAAUUACCUUCUUUAGAUGAUAUGGUAACAAGCUCAUCAACCGUUGUCGAACAAGCCACUCACGCUAUUGGCGAAUUGUCUAAUCAUGUAGGGUACCUCAACAGUAUCGGCCUAGCACAGACUUGGCAUUGGCCAGCAGAUAUCAUACAACAUACACUUGAAUAUGUCCAUGUAUAUACUGGUUUGCCAUGGUGGGGUACCAUCUGUACAGUAACGUUAUUGGUCCGUUUGGCAAUGUUCCCACUUUAUGUGAAAUCAUCAGAUACUAUUGCACGUAAUUCUAAGAUUAAACCUGAAUUGGAUAGAGUAACAAAGGAACUAAUGGCCACCACAGAUAUGGCAGAAGGUCAAAAAGUUGCUUUGAGAAGAAAAAAACUACUUUCAGAUAACGGAAUCAAAAAUAGAUGGUUAGCUGCUCCAAUGUUACAAUUACCUGUAGCUAUUGGGUUUUUCAAUGGUCUUAGAUCAAUGGCUAAUUUCCCAGUAGAUGGAUUUGCCAACCAAGGUGCGUUAUGGUUUCAUGAUUUAACUGUAGCAGAUCCAUACUUAGGUUUACAGGUUAUUACAGCAGCUGUGUUAAUGUCUUUCUCAAGGUUAGGUGGUGAGACAGGUGCUCAACAAUUUAGUGGUCCGAUGAAAAGAUUUUUCAUCAUAUUACCUUUAGUGUCAAUUCCAGCCACGAUGAACCUUUCUGCAGGUGUAGUUCUUUACUUUGCAGUUAAUGGUUGUUUUUCUGUAACUCAAACGUUAGUAUUAAGAAAUAAAUGGGUUAGAAAACAAUUAAAGAUUGCAGAUGUAGUUCAACAUCCUCAAUCACCUGCAGAUGCGAAUAAAGGUAUAUUUGCAGCAAUUAAGGAUAGUAUGGCUAAAUCUAGAGAGCAAUCAGAAAGAAGACGUAUCAUGCAGGAAAAACAAGAAAAAUUACAAGAAGAAGCUAAAGCAAGGAAGGUCAAUUCUAAGAUUAAAAUUGUUCGUAGAUCUGAUUUGAAUAAAUAG